CGGCGUCUUAGCCAUCGUCCUUCACUCCUUCUUCUCUCAAUCUCGAGACUCAGUUCAACAAAAAAAAAAAAAAACCCAGCUUCGAAUCAGAACUCGUUGAAUCACUAGCGAUGCAAUUCCUCCAGAACUCUCGCAGACUCGCUAAGAUCUUAAAACCCAUUGUUACCACCGAGACGAAUCUGAGAUUCUUCUCCUCUGCUUCACAAACCCCAAGCUCCUCCUUCCAAUGGCGAAAUCAAACAUCUACUUCUUCCUCUGUACUUAAAGGGAUUGAUAGAUGUAGUCACUCGUCGUCUAUGAGCUUGUUGAUCCCCAGAUCGAGUUUUUCAUCUCAAGCAGAGAAGCUUGCUGCAAAUCCUACAGUAGCUGUUAAGGAAUUGCAUGAUAAGAUGCUUGAUUCUGUGAAUGUCAAGAGAUCAAUGCCUCCAAAUGCUUGGUUGUGGUCUUUGAUUGAGAGCUGUCAGAAUCAGGAUGACGUUCAUCUUCUCUUUGACGUUCUUCAGAAUCUUCGGAGAUUUAGAUUAUCUAAUCUUCGUAUUCAUGACAACUUCAAUUGCAAUCUAUGCCAACAAGUUGCUAAGACUUGUGUACGUGUUGGAGCAAUUGAAUCUGGAAAGAAGGCUUUGUGGAAACAUAAUGUUCAAGGUUUGACACCCAGUGUUGCAUCUGCGCACCAUCUAUUGUCAUAUGCACUAGAGCACAAGAAUUCUGAGCUCAUGGAAGAAGUAAUGAAACUCCUGAAAACAAAUGACUUGCCUCUACAACCCGGAACAGCAGAUUUAGUUUUCAGGAUCUGUCAUGAUACAGAUAAGUGGGAUCUACUGGCCAAGUACUCGAAAAAAUUCUCCAAAGCUGGAGUUAAGUUGAGGAAGACCACAUUCGAUGUAUGGAUGGAAUUUGCUGCCAAGAGAGGGGAUACCGAGUCACUAUGGAAAGUAGAUCAACUGAGAUCAGAGACAUACAGUCAACACACUCUUUCUACUGCUUUUUCUUGCGCAAAGGGUUUCCUACUUGAAAGUAAACCAGAAGAAGCUGCUGCGGUCGUCCAGGUUAUAUGCCAGACGUACCCUGAUGAGAAAAAGUCAUCAGUCUCAACCGAGUUCAAGAAACUUGUCAAUGAAUGGCCUGUGGAUGUUAUCAAGCGCCAAACCGAAGAAGAUAAGAAGGCUCUAGCUUCUUCAUUGAAAGCUGGGAUUCCUUCCAUGGUCAAUGCGUUGGUCAGCUCGGGUUUGAACGUCAGCGUGGAUUUGGAUGAGUUAUACAAGAACGAAGCUCUUCUCAGCUAAAUGACUGAAUCAACAUUGGCUAAAAACUCUUCGCAGUUCAACAGGUUUGAAAAGUUAAUUCUUUGGCACCAAAGUUUUGAUGUGAUCUUAUCGUUUUACCGGUGGCAACGUCAGAGAUAAGGGAAAGAAACACAUUGACUGUUCAGUUUCUUGGAUUCUACGGUACUCCCUUUCCUUUAAGAGAUUGAGGCAUAACGACUAGAGUUGUCCAUUUCUUUUGUAAGCCUUAAAUAAUUUACUCGGUGGGACUUUUGUUCUUUAUUUGAUUAGUAAAAGAACAUUUUCUGUAAUAAAAGAAAAAGAAACAAAAAGUUUUUUGAGCCUAUCUUAUUAUAGAACGAGACAAAAAGGUUCAUU